GGACUCGGUUUCUUGGAACGGGAGGACCGUAUGAAAGGGAAGACUUUUUGGCCAGGAGUACAAGGUGUUCCCUAUUUGGGAACUAUUAAAGCAGCCUGAAGACUUCCAAGGUUCAAACCCUCUUGGAGUAGAGGGCAGUGAUUUCCGGGUAGUGGGAGAAGAGGGGUGAAUCGUCUUGAUUUAAACUUUAGGUGGAAGUGGCUUAAAGGUCUGGGGUCAGAAGCCCUCUCUCAUCCCCAGGUUGGUUCUGUCCAGUAGUUAAGGCGGGACCUUUGAUAAAAAGCCUUUUACCUCUGGCCCUAUUUGCUCUUAGGAGGGGAGUCAGGAAAAGGAUCCUGGGAUUAAAUAAUCUUUUUGGUCAUAUACUGAGGAAUUACACCCUUCACACACCACCUUGCCGAGGUGCUGUAGCAGAGGAGCCCUGAUCUUGGAUGUAUUCUCAGGGUGAUGAUAUCAAGCAUCAGAAGACUUUCAUAGUCUGCUUGUAAUAGAUAACCAUCCCCUCAGUGUCAGUUUCUCAUCCUAAAGCAGUCCAGAUAUUUGAACACAGUAAGUGAAGGAGUGUAGAGAUAAGGAGAGACGUAACAGUUGAAAGAAAACAAUAAAUCUCCUUUAUACUAACCACUGUCAGGGACAAGUCUUCUGGUUUGAAAUGACAUCAACUCUUUUUAAAAAAUGAACUUUACUGUUUUACUGUGGUGGAGGAGUCAACUUUUCACAGCAUUUCCUGGGCAAUUACUGGAUGGGAUGGGAUCAGAUCUGCUGCUGUUACCUUUUGUGGGAGAAGAGAGAGGGGCAGAGAAAUAUACUUGGCUGGAAAGAAAAGGGAACUGCUAUGCCCCUUAACAUAAUAGGACUGUCAAUGGCAGGAUACCAGCUCUGGUCACCAUGGACCCCACUGGAUGAGAGCUUCCAAUGGCUGCGGCACACAACACCUACACCUUCUUCAAAGCAUCCCUUUAGGGCUUCCCCCUGCUUCCCACAUACCCCUUCUGACCUUGAAGUGCAGUUGUGCUUUCAAGAGGUCACUCUAGUCCUAGACAGCCCAUUUCUGGAGCCUGGGGUGAGUCCCAAGUUACCCUGCCACACAUCAGAGCUCCGAACCAUGAACAACAAGAAAGGCCUGGUCAGGAAGCCUCAGCCUGUCCGUCUCAGUGGAGUGGAUUCCGUGUUCGGCAGGGUCAUCACAGCUCAGCCACCAAAAUGGACUGGGACCUUCAGAGUUUCAGACAAAUCAGCCUUUUGCAAAAUCAUCAGCCGGGAGAACCAGUGGCCCACUGGACUUAAGGAACCUCAGAUUCAGAUGACAGUGACCAUGUGCAAACAGAUGCUGCGCUCUAUCCUCUUAUUGUAUGCAACAUACAAAAAGUGCACCUUUGCCUUGCAACACUCCAAGUAAAGGGUUCCCAUCUGAUUCCUGUUCCUCAUACCAUAUCCUAUGCUAUGUGCCUGAAGCUUACAGAAACCUGUCCAUGUAAAGGAAACUGACAUCACCCGAGCCAUCUUGCUUUUCUGUCAAGCAGUGGCAAUUCAGGAACUCCUAUGCCAACUCCCCCAUCCCCCGCCCAAAGGCCAGUGACAGAGCAAAGGAGAACAUUUCCACUGUAAAGCUGAAUAACAUUUAAAAGAGAGUCAAACUAGUGUUGACAUGUACAUGUGAGAAAGAACCAUUAAACCAUAUAAACCAACGAGCCUAGUGUGAACUCACUUAAAACAUCGAAGACCACAAUGAGAUGGGGAAACAAAGGGUGUCAAGGAAGGAGAUUAUGGCUUUCCAUGUACAUGAGGAUGAAGGGGUCAAAAAUAUACAGACGGGUCAAGGAUUAAAAAAAACACAAACCAACAAACAAAGCAAAUGAUCUCCCCCACCAAACCAACAACAGAAAACCCUAACCAACCACAUCCUAAUACCAUUGGAGUACAAAAGUGGGUAGUAAUAUUAGCAAAUAUUAAAGAAUAUUUAUAGCCUGGUAAGAAAGAACUUGGAAGCAGCAAUGAAACUGGGCUUUCUGGCAGAACACAAGAGAGCUCCCCAUUUUAGCACCGUUCUAACAAAUCUAUAGAUGUAACUCAGAAUAAUGUGGAAAUUAACAUAUAUACAAAAGUCAACACAAGUUUGAUGGUGACUUUUCCCUUUUUAUCUUACAACUACA